AGCGCAUCCUUCCGCCUCCUCCUCCGAGGAGAGACCCCGGCCUCCCUCCCUUCCAAGCGGAGCAGCAACAGCAGCAGGAGGACCAGAUCGAGGCCGGCCGCUUGGAGGAUCCGCUUGGCGUUUUGGAGGAGGCCGAGUGACCACUGCCCGGCCGCAACCAUGGUGCCCACCUUGGCCACGGCCCACCGGCGGCGCUGGUGGAUGGCCUGCACGGCCGUGGUGGAGAACCUCUUCUUCUCGGCCGUCCUCCUGGGCUGGGGCUCCCUCCUCAUCAUGCUCAAGUCGGAGGGCUUCUACUCCUACCUCUGCCUGCUGCCAGAGAAUUACUCCACCAGUGCUACCAAUUCCAAUUCCUCACCCGGUGGCAACCAGACAGAGUCAACAAUGGUGGCAGCGUUGACGGUGGCAGAAGCUGAGCCGGUGGUGCGCAUGAAUGGCUGGCUGAUCUGCAAGGAGCAGGACGAGAUGCUCAACCUGGCCUUCACCGUUGGCUCCUUCCUGCUGAGCGCCAUCACUUUGCCCCUAGGCAUCGUCAUGGACAAGUACGGCCCCCGGAAGCUGCGGCUCCUGGGCAGUGCCUGCUUUGCCGCCUCCUGCUUGAUGAUCGCCUACGGAGCCAGCAACCCUGAUUCGCUGUCAGUGCUGAUCUUCAUCUCGCUGGCGCUGAACGGUUUUGGAGGAAUGUGCAUGACCUUCACUUCCCUCACGCUGGCCCAUAUGUUUGGCGAUCUCCGCUCCACCUACGCCCUCAUGAUCGGCUCCUACGCUUCUUCGGCUGUAACCUUCCAGGGAUCAAGGUAUGCGCCUCUCCCACCGUUGAUCUAUGACGUUGGGGUCUCCUUCAUUGUCAUCCUGGUCGUCUGGGCCUGCUGUGGCGGGGGGCUUGUCUUCUUCAACUGCUUCUUCAACUGGCCGCUGGAGCCCUUCCCAGGCCCAGAAGACUGGAUAUCAUCAGUUCAGCUGGUGGGCUUUGACCACAAGAUCACGCAGCAGUUCUACAAGCAGGUUGACCCGGUGGGCCGGCGGCUGAGCGUGGGCAGCUCCAUGAAGAACCAGAAGGAGGUUGGCUCCCUGCAGGGCAGCCACAAGCUCUGCCUCUCCAUGUCGACCUGGAGGUCAAGUGUGGAGCCGGACAAUGUGGCCUCCCCAUCAUUCAUGCACAGUGUCUUCAGCCCCAUCCUCCUCCUCAGCCUGAUCACAAUGUGCGUCACGCAGCUGAGGCUCAUCUUCUACAUGGGCGCCAUGAACAACAUCUUGGAGUACAUGGUGGAUGGCGACCUGGAGAUUGUUGACCUUUACACCUCCAUCUUUGGAGUCCUGCAGCUGCUCUGCCUGGUGACAGCACCGGUGAUCGGGUGCAUCAUGGACUGGAGGCUGAAGGACUGUGACAACGGCCCCGAAGAGGCGGAGGAGGAGGAAGGGCCGGCCGUCCAGGGCAGUAAGAAGAAGAAGAAACAUCGCGACCGGCAGAUCCAGAAGAUUUCCAAUGCCACCCGGGCCUUUGCUUUUACCAACCUGCUGCUGGUGGGCUUUGGGGUCACAUGCCUCAUCCCUAACCUGCCCUUACAAAUCCUUUCCUUCAUCCUGCACACCAUCGUGAGAGGGUUCAUCCAUUCUGCCGUGGGCGGCCUCUACGCAGCCGUGUACCCCUCGACGCAGUUUGGCAGCCUGACGGGGCUACAGUCGCUGGUCAGUGCCCUCUUUGCCCUCCUGCAGCAGCCCCUCUUCCUGGCAAUGAUGGGACCCCUGGAGGGAGACCCGCUCUGGGUGAACGUGGGCCUGCUGGGCGUCAGCCUGCUGGGCUUCUGCCUACCUCUCUACCUGGUCUGCUACAGGCGGCGGCUGGAGCGGCAGAAGCAGCAGCAGCGGGAGGAAGCCAAGCUCUUCUGCAAGAUCAACGGCACCCCGGACCAGGAAGCCUUCGUCUAGCUAUGUCCCUCUCCUGGCAAACCCAUUGGAGGGGGGUGGACCUGCUGCCAGGGUCCUGCCUUUGGCCAGGCCCUCCUUCGCUGCCUGGCUGGCCCCCCACUCUGCCCCCACUGCCCUAUUCCUUGCACCCAGAACCCUCCAGGGAGCCUCCUCUGCUUCCACAGGUGGGCCUUGCCUUGCGUUUCUCUUGAGACGCUCCCCCCAGACACCUCUUACUCUCUCCGAGCAGUGGGGGCGCUUCCUUCCUUAGGCCACCUGCCUGAGGGUCUCCUGCUCCAGAAGGGGACAGAACAGCGCCUGUUCUCCAUUUUGGAUCUGUGCAGGAUGCAGGUCCACUCCACGCUCUCCUUCCAUCGCCUGCCUUGGGCCUCCUCCGCCUUGUUUUGAGGGAGAAAAGGGGGUCCUCCAGGUGGGGCAGGGAGGACAGGCGCCCAAGGGGUGGGGGGGUCUCUGAUGCACUGUGACAGAAAGUGAAUGUAUGGACUCUUCCCCCACCUCUUCUAUGCUGCCUGAGACAAGGACAGGGAUGUGUGGGCCUUAAACCCUUUGGCCCCAAACCUCCUGCCUGGCCCUGAACCAUUUACUGCUCCCAAAGAGCACAGGCUGGAUCUUGGCUAUGAAGGGCAGAGAGGAGGCCACGCAGCCAGCCUCACAUGCCAGCUGGCCUGGACCAGCUGCAGCCGGGGGCUUUCCUCCCCCCCCAGCCCUGCUGUGGUCUCCACUCAAGCAAUAAACAGGUGGGCAUGACCGUGCCAAAGAGGGCCCGCCGAGAAGG